GUCUUCCUCGCCUUAAAAAGCAAAGCGAAAAUUUUCUCUCAUAUUUCAAACAGUACAUACAUAUAUUUUUCAAGCCAAUAAGGCAUAUUUUUAGAGACUACAAUCCGUCAGCUUACAACAAACCAACGCAUUACAUAUGUACAUUCCACGCAAAAUGCGCAACACCAGUCUAUUGCUCAUCUUCAGCGUGUACCUUAGUCUGACCCUGGUCGCAGUUACAUUUCAGCAAACGGAAGCUCUGCGCCGCAUCAAGCGCGGCUCUGUCACCACGCAAAACAAAACCCGGCUCUCCAGUGACCUUCUUUCGGAUUUGCGCAACACUUCGAAUGACGCGCAUUACGGCGGACACACACUGACCGCCCUGGACAAGCAUGAGGGUAUGAAAAAUCGCAACGAGCACACUUGGGCCAAGAAGGCAGUGGCCGCCGUUGAGCAUGCAAUCGAUCAAGCUUUUGCUUCACUCAGCCACAGGUCCGAUGUCGAAAAAGAGAAAAAGGUCGCUCUGCACAGUACGAACAACCCAAAAGACAGCAGCAUUGCCGGCAACGAUCUACACAUGAACGCGCUGUCGCAUAUGCUAGCUAAGCGUGGUCUCAGCGCACGCAUUUUAGACGACAUGCAGCGCGACGUUGAAUUCGGCGGCGGUGAAGGCCCUGCCGAAGUGCUAAUCAUAGACAAUGGCUUCCAGCCGAUGAUGGGCAUGCAGCAUGGCAUCAACUCCUACUCGUUGCACCAGCCAAACUUGCGUAGCGUCGCCAGCAGCUUCAAACGCCUGGCCGACCUGGACAAGGAGUCCAAGCUAAAUAAUCCUCAUAGUCCAAAACUCACUACGUACACCUCGCACAUAAAUGCCGAUGGCCCGAUGGCUGUGAAGCAUACCGGCGAUAACGGGAUUAGUGAGUUGAAUGGAAACAAAGAAAUUGCAGUGGUCAAGAACAACAAGCGCGCUGAUAACAAUGGGGUUGUCAGCAGAGACGAUUAUAAAACGGUCGACAGUCACAAGCGGAACAAUGACCAUGUGAUGCUCACAAGCGAGGAGCAUAAUGGAGAGGCGAAACACAAUGGCAUUAACAAUAGCAACAACCAUAUUAGUAGUAAUAAUGAUGAGCUUAUCGGUGACAAAAGUCAUUCCACAGUCAGUGCCGUACAACAACACAAUCAGCAAUUUCAACAACAAAAACUGCAAGAACAAUCGGCAGAAAACAAGGAUUCAUUUCCUGAACUACUGUCGCAUUCACAGAAGUCGGUAGAAGGCAUUGGAGGAGAGUCGAACAAAUUGCACGAGGAUUUACAGGAGCAACAGCAACGAAAGAAGCACGACAGCGGGAAAUCAGUAGAGGUUGGAGGUAAGCGCGGACUGCAGCCAGCGAGCUCACUGACAAAGCCAGCACAACAGCAGCAAGUUCAGGUCGUUAAACAUUCCAGCGGGAAAAUGCUGCCGAUGGAGAGCUUUCUCAAGUUCGCUAAUAUGAUGCUUUACAAAAUGGGAGCCGACGGCGUUCCCAUGCAUGCGCAGGGCGCUCAACUCGCUGUAAGCGGCAAUCCGACCACAUCAGUCAUUAGCAUUGGCCCAGUCAUGGAAGGAGCUGAAGACUUAGGUACUAUGGACUACCUUUACAAUCCUUUCGAACCCAAAAUGAACUUUUUACGCAACCCAGGCUCGUUUGCCGCGGCACCUGCCCUAAUCGGAGGUUCUACCAACACGGCUUUGGUCUCACGUCCUUUCUUGCUGCCCCCAUACAGCUUGGCCAAUUCCGCACAACCUAUCAAUUUUAUCGAGAACGCAUUAGAUCUACUGUUAAAUGCAGAAGAGGAAGGCAAUGACGAAAUGGAAUUAGUUUGUCCCAUACACCAUCCGAAAAAGAAGUCCAGCGAUGGCGAUCCAAACACCAAUGAGAAGGAUGGCGUUAUACAAGUGUGUUCCUGCCGCUUCUUCAAGAAGAACAAGAAUGCCUAAGGUUCGAUCUAAUGGCCCUCCAAAUGUACUUUAAAUGGAAUAUAUUUUGUACGAGGCUAUCGUUCAGAUCCUCAACAUUCAAUUCGAUGCAAUAAAUAUAUUUGUUCUUUAUAUUUAAUAAUACGAAA